CAUCUGAUGACACCAUUAUUUUACCUCUCUAUCACAAAUGGAACGUGUGUACAAAAUGUUUCAUCUGUCUGUAGUAUAGGAUGUAUUGAGACCGUAUUUUGAACCUUAUUUUGAAGCCAGUCAGGAAGUGGUUUGGAGGGAGGACACGUGAAACUUUACAACAGGUCCAGUUGGACGUCCACUGUGCCGUCGGACGGUGUCGGACAGCAUGUAGUUGGUUGUGAGAGGUCAUUUCAAGCAGCCACAGCAUGAACUCCGUGUACUGAGUGAGGUGCCAGCUGCUGGCCCAUGGGUGUGAGCCGACUGGACCUAUUCUACAGAAGGCUGCUCCUCACCAAACUCUUCAUUGGGGGAUGGGGGAAGCCUGAAGACCUUAAGAGAAUCUUUGAGUUCCGGAAGAUCAUUGGAGACAGAGAAAGAUGCAAGUCUCUGGUGCCUAAAGACUUCCCAGUCUACAUAGAUAAGACAGAGGAGCAUUCUGACUGCCUGAUACAUGAUGGCUUCUUCAUCUCUCCUCUGGAACAUUUGGUUCCUGGAAUCCUGCCCCCAGAGGCGGUCAAAGCAAGGUUCCAGUUCAUUGUUCCCAAGAAGUGGAAAGGGAGCAGACCAGUGUGCAUACACUUGGCUGGGACUGGAGAUCAUUUCUUCUGGCGUCGGAGGACCCUUAUGGCACGACCAAUGAUAAAAGAGGCUGGAAUGGCGUCACUGCUUCUGGAAAAUCCAUAUUAUGGAUAUAGGAAACCGAAAGACCAACUCCGAUCCUGUCUGAAGAAUGUGUCAGACCUCUUUGUGAUGGGUGGAGCUCUUAUCCUGGAGUCCACUGUCCUGCUUCGAUGGCUUGAGAGAGAGGGAUACUCACCACUCGGAAUGACAGGCAUUUCAAUGGGAGGAUAUAUGGCAUCCCUCGCUGUGACCAAUUGGCCCAAGCCCAUCCCGCUUGUGCCAUGUUUAUCCUGGUCCACUGCCUCCAGUGUUUUCACCACGGGAGUGCUCAGCCGUGCAGUGAACUGGUCAGAGCUGGAGAAGCAGUAUGCCAUCAAUUCAGUUUAUGAAGAAGAGAUUAUCGAACUCUUGGAGUACUGUGGGACUGACUCAUUUAAAGUGUCUCAAGAACUGAUGAAGAGCUCUCCUGCCUCUGUGGACUCCCUGGAACGUCUGCUGGGACUGACUGUAGUUGAGAGAUCUUCAAUGGAAUGGUACUCGAAGACUGGACUUGAGGCUGAUACAGGAUCAAGAAUGUUCAUCGACAGAAGUACUAAAGAGAGAAAAGCAGGGAACGAAGGAGAACCUUUUUUUACAUCAUCAAAUACCACUGGAACAAGUUUGGGUUUCCUAACAAGGUUUCAAAUGAACAAGUUGCAGCAUGGAAAGAAGUCACAACCGGCAAAAUGCCUGCGUCCAUCUCUGCACCGAGAGUCUAUAAACUUCAUGAAGGGAGUGAUGGAUGAGUGUACACAUAUGGCCAACUUCUCUGGGAGGCCAUAUACGACGCAUUCAACCGAUUCUGCCUCAAGUACCCUAACCUUUACUAGCAGCACAUUACAGUGGAUACCUGUAUGUGCUAGUCCGGGACACACAGCUGGAGAAGCAGUCUUUAAGUGUGAAGCCCUCUUUACAAGUUGCGUCCAAAUUUUAAUCCCUGUAACCAGAGGUUUGCUGCAUAAGAAAGCCACAGGUCAGUCAGAUACUACGUCCAGUUAUUGCUGCAUCCACCUUUCUGUAGUGGUGUGGUUCAUGGUCCUCAGACAAACUGAUGGGACCACAAUCACAGUUUCACCUUUUCAUCUAAGUGAAACUGUCAACACAAAUGUCCGCAGUGACUUUUUACUUCAACCAAAAUACAGUAAAUUAAACUACAUGUAAUCUGUGGUGAUGAACCUUAGUGCAAUUGUCCUGACAGAAGAAAUUAUAAACUCUUCUUUGUGAAAGUAUGAAACUAUCACUCACUUGUCACAUCAUUAAUUUGCUGGAGAGAAUCAUUACUUCUGUGGUGUUAUGCCCUCACCACCUGCACUGCUUAAAAAUGCUUGAAAUUGUACAUAGAUAAACAUAAUAUGCUAGAGAGUGUCUUGUUUGGUUGUUUGACAUGCUUCAUCAUUACGGUUGCUCCUAUCUCGAUGGUCUACUACAUUUCUCACUGAUGAAAUACAGAAUAGAGUUAAGGCACGCUUUUGGACGAUGCCUCUUUCUACUGUUAGAACAUAACUUUGCUCACAUUUGUUUUCUGUGCCAUACUUUCACAAUUGUUUUAAUAAUACUUUCAUUGAACAAGCAAACCAAAACCUUUGGUCAUGUCCUUAGUUGUUGGAUGUUGUGAAUCUUUAUUUUUAUUACAUUAUUUGCGCCUGUAUUUGAGACCAUAUCAGGGUGCUCUAGCGAGCGUUAGGAUGGGUUCAAAAUCUCCAUAGAAGCAUCAUGUCAGGAGACUUGGUCGUAAUUGAACCAAGUGUCACGGAUGGUCAAAGAAUUACUGGAGUCGUUAAUUGU